AGAGAGUCCCUUUAACGUGUCCGAACUGGUGUCCUCGUCCCACUUCCUGGACAGAAGCUGCCUGAGGCGAUCUGGCGUUGUCGGAUCUUCAACUGAAGCGCCUGAAACGAGCCGUCACUCAGCCUCUGGUGCUCUGGCCCUAAGAACGGGAUGAGGCGGUGAUGCCGGGACGACACACAUUCGUUGUACUUGGGGAACUUCCCGUCCAUCAUCCGGCCCCGGUAGCGGAUCCAAAGAGGAGGCUUGUCUCUGUGAUAUGUUCAGCUGUGACCACAGUUCUCUGCAGUCGUGGCAGAACAAUUGCCUUACCAAGGCUGACGUAUCCUAAUGGGAUACUCUCUACGGUCCUUUCAUGAAAUUUGAGAAUCACCAGCAGGGGGAGGUUCCUGCACCGGGAAAGAAUUGUAAACAAGAAGAGGAGGAUCAAGAAUCGUCAGUCAGAAUCAGAAUGGACACAGGUGAGUCUCAGCGUUUUACCAUCGACGUAGAGCACAGUAAAAUAUCCGCAACCAUCGGGGGAAAUGCAUCAUUUUUAGUGCGGCCGUCGGGGGAGAUCUCAAGUGGAAGCUGGACCUUUAACGAGAAAACGGUCUGUCAGUGGAUCGAUCAACUCGUGUCUAUUGAUAAUUCUUAUACAUCGCGAGCUGAGCUAUUCACCUCCACCGGGUCGCUGCUGCUAAAGACGGUGAACAAGGCAGACAGUGGAGAGUACCAGGUGAACAUGGUUCCAGCCAGCGGCCCACAAACCUCAGCGACCGUCACUCUCGAAGUCACUGAACAAGUUGUACCACCUCCAAGCGGGUUGUCACGUAGAGCAAUAGCCGGGAUUGUGAUUGGAGUCGUUGCUGGAGUGGCGCUGGCGAGUGGUUUAGUUUUCUGGAUCAUCAAGACAAUGACAAGCAGAUAACCACGAAACAAAGGAUGCAUUGAAAAUCUUUCAGAAAAAAAAAAUCACACUUCCCUCCCUCUACGAAAAUGAAUGACAUCCCGAUCAUCAACUGCUAUAACGCCUCUCCCCAACCCUCCAAAAACCCUGCCAACACAAAUGCGGAGGAACUGGCGUCACCAAUGUAGAGGAGGGCUCAUUGAGAGCACUGGAUAUAAUAGACCACCCCAAAGGUAUUGGCGGUCAAUUGUUGUCUCAUCUGCAAGGACCUUUUCGACAAUGGGGAGGGUUCGGCCGCCGGUCCCCUUCCCUGUGACAACACCGAACUCAAUAUCAACUACACUCUGGCCAAAGGUUAAUGUCCUCUCUCAGCCAUCAGCUAUCUGAAUGAUUCACUGACUUUAAAGGGAAGGGACAGCUAUGGUCCAUAAUUUCAGUGUUAGUUUACCAAGAAACAAAGACUACAUGGGCAACAACCUUUCUGAUGACUAAUAUGUCUCAGCUCUCGCUGUGAAACACUCCUCUCCCUUAUUAGAGAGAGCGAGAGCCUGUGAUGUGCAGAAUUGUCGAUGAAUGAGUAGUCUUUGGGGUACUGCAAGUCCGUAUCUUUAUUGAUGCUUGCUGCACGCUUGCAUGCUCGCUGGAUGGUGCUGAUGCAUCUUUUUGCCCGUGAGGGUGAGGGUGUGUCGUUGCUUUGCUGCUGCUUGUGCGUUGCGGGUGGUUCGUAUCUGGGGGUCUUUGGUGUACCAACGUUUUGAAUGACAUCCAUUCCUUUGGACACUUUUCUGUUUACGUGGAUGUCUGCGAAGAAAAAUAAUUUCAGGACGUAUAUUUUAUACAUUUAUCUAACACUAUAUACGCCCAUUGAAUCAAUUAGAUCUAUUGAAUACACAGUGUGUGGAACCCGCUGGCAAUUCUCGUCGAGACAAACACCAAACGUUUUUUCUCCACCAACAACAAGGUACAGAUUGGCAUAUUGCAGGGAACUUUGCAUCAGAAAACAUUGGAUUCAGUGAUGAAACCCGUCAUUAAUUUCGUUUUCCCACGGAAAUCGUAAGAAAUAUCCAUUAAGGUGCUUUUAAAUAUGAGUGCUGUCCCACAAGUGACAUCACACUGGCGCCCCCACGCGCCUGUCAUCACACAUGGGUUCCCAUCAGCCGACACGUGCAUUACGUCACAGAACGCUACUCAGCUCGAGCUUGGUCCUUUUUAACGGCUGAACAACUAUCACGCGCCCCCUCCCUGACCCCUCCCCCCCAGCCCCCCCGCCGCCACUCCCGACUGUCAACAGAGUGUUUACGGGCUGGGCUAUUCUCAUUGAUGCGAAGAUAUGUCAAUCACUGGUUACUCCCAAUAGCAGAGGCGCCAGCCGGGCGGGCGUUACACCCGGUGAUCCCAUCAGCAGCGCCUCCCCCAUACCCCCGGUCAAAGCGGAACAAAUCUCAAAGUAAAUGCACUGAUUUCCGAUUUAUUUCUAUUUCCUUCCGAGGGAUGUUCAGGGAGGAGAAGGGAUGAGAGACGUUCGUGAAGCCGUCUCCUGUGGCCGAAUCUGAUGUAUCACUGGGAAGUAGAAGGAGGCCGCUCGGCCCAUUGGCUGGGUGCCGCCUACCCGGGGAGAGUUCCCGACAGAAGGAGGCGGGGAGGGAGGAUUUUAUUGAAAGAAUAAAAUGGUGCGGGACGGUGAGGUGGACAGCGGGGACCUCAUCUGUCGAAACGUCCGAUCCCACGGUAAUGGCGAGCAGAGGGAUUCACCACAUUGGUAGGCAAACACCAGCGGAAUUUUGAUUGCAAAUGGGGCUAAUGGUCUGUGGAAAGUGUGUAUCGGAGUGGCUUUGCGGGUCGAUGGAACAACCCGAGGUCAUAUUGAAUGACAGAACGCGCUGAAGUGGCCGAAUUGACUGCUCCCGUACCUGUUGUCCGUGUGUUUAAAGAGAAGGAAUAGUCAGACCCUUUUGGGGCCUGCAGGAUGUCACGGUGUGUGUUGUAGGAACCGGGGCUUGGAGCCCUCUUGUUCCCAAAUUGUCUCAACAAUUUGGCCGAGGGGCCAAAUUCAACGUUCCCAAGUCUAUUACUAACACCAAAUAUAUAAUUCUAUAUUGAUAAUGACGGAGAAAUGCAUAAUUUAUGUUCUUUGUCUUAACUGAAUGUACUUGCCUGUGAUGCUGCUUCAACUUUGUGUUUCUCUGCAGCUGUACUUGUGCACCUGACAAUAAAUUCAACAGGGUUAGAAAAAAACUCAGUGAG